UGCGCAUGACCUCCGACACCAGUUAGCGUGUAGAACUUUACAAGAACACAAAAACAAUGGGUUGAAAGCUGUGGGACAAUAUACUAAGAAAGCAACAUGCUUAGCUGGAAAUAAGGUACAAUGGAAGUCAAACAUGUAAAAGAAUUAGACACCAGUAUUUGGGAUGUACCACACUCUCAAAUGGUAUCACCACACAUUGGAAACUUCAUGAAUAUUGCUAGGUAUAAUAGUGCAAAUUACUAUUUUGCACAAACAAGAUUUCAUGAUUACUUUUAUGAAUUUCUAGAAAAAAAAAUAGACACAUUACAUGGUUUAGAUGAAAACUGUAUAGUUGGUGUGCAGGGCAUUGGAAAAUCAUCUACUUUAGUUUAUUAUGUUCUAUCGUGCAUUAAAAAAGGUAACAAAAACAUCCAUUAUAUUGACUUAAACUUAGUGAAAGGGGAAACACAGAUGAACAGGUUGAAAAAGUAUGCUGAGGAAAUGAAUUAUUCGGGUGUGUUAAUACUUGAUCAUGUCACUCUGUUUAACAGAAGUAUUGUAGCAGAUGUUGAAUCUCUGGUACCUAUGAGAAGAAUAAUAUAUGUAGAAACAGGAUUCUCAGCAAGUGCAAAAAGGAGCAAGUUUGGAUACUUAAUUGGUAAAGAGUGGGAGUUAACUCGUGAUGAGUUCAAAAUUAUAUGGAUGGAAUCGUUAAAAAAGGCUAAGUAUACAGCACACUUAGAAAACCAAGAGGGUUUUAUUACGGAGCUGUAUGAUACUUGUAAGGACAAAUUUAUUUGUACACCCCGUUUACUGCAUAGAGUGCAUGUAUUUUUUGUUAUUGAUGGUGAUCAAUAUAGUAAAGUUGAAGAAGAAGGAAAGGAUGUAGAUUUUUUUGUCAUGAGAUAUAGAUCUUGUUUAAGACGAGACAUUUCAGAAUUUGAAUUGAAACUAUUAGAAGUCAUGGAAUGCGGAACACCAAGAGAUAAGCAUCAAUGUAGUGAAUUUUCACUGCAUACAAAGAUCCUAUUAAAUCAGGUAAAAGCAACUGGAGAUAUUCUAUUAAAUCUUGAGCAGUAUGACAUGUUUAAUAUUCCUGUCAAUAUAUUUCAUUGUAAAUACUGCAUAGUAAAAGAAAAGGAUAUUGAAAUGGACCCAAGAUUUUUGGAAAUGGGUUUACAAAAGGGAGAUAAAUAUGUAACAGUAUCCCUUAUAACACCAAAGCUUUUAAAGCAUUGGGAGAAGGUGUUCCCCUUUAAUGUUCAUGCUAUUUUUGACAACAAGGAUGGAAUGGAUGUUGAAAAUGUAUUAGAUAUUUGCUUUCAGUCUGGAGGAAUAAGGAAAGAAGUAGAGAAUGAACUUGUUCGUUUACAAUAUCAGUUGAGGACACUGAUUGUUCCAGGUGAUAUAAAGGAUUUAACCUCUGAAACACACUGUAAGGUAUCAGCUGUAUCAGCUAGAUGUGUUUUACCUCAGUGCAAUUCUGUUCUAAUUACACACCUUGAAGAGAUAACUUACAUAAAUCCUACCUUAUCUCAUCUUGAAAAUAUUUCUGCCAAAUUAAAAUUUCAUGGUCAUGACAGAAAUGUUGAAAAAUUAGCAUACUUUUUGCAAAAAGAAAUUCGUCAGAAUAAGGAACGCUGUCUUAUUGUUCAUCCAGCCAUAGAUAAUAUGAAAGGUUUUGAUUAUGUAGUGUACAUGUGUACAGAUACAGGAAGUAAUGUUGGAGGAAAAAAAGCAAAGAAACCUAAACAACAGGGCAUGCCAAUACUACAUUUAGUGCAAGUUGCAACAGGUGCCACACACACCGGCAGAUCUGUAGGGGAAGCUCUUAAGAUAUUUAAGAGUGUGAUGAAUGGUUUUGUACAUCUGCAUGUUACAUUCAUAAUUGCAAGAAAAGAAUGUAGUACUUACUCAUUAAAUGGAAACAUGUCUUUUGAAAAUGCAUCAGUUGUUAACUUGACCCAUCUGGCCAUUGGAGAGAUGAUAGCACAGAGUAAACUAUUGAAUAGUAUUGUUGGCAUGGUAAAAAGGUUAUAACAUGUAUAGAUAGAAAUUGUGUGUCCAGUCCAAGUGUCAUAUAAGUAUCAUAUUGGGGUUUCCCUCAUAUCAGUUAGUUUUUGUGCCUUUUAAGCUCACCUGGCCCGAAGGCAUCUUGGCAUCCGCCGUCUGUCGUUGUUAACUUUACAAAAUCUUCUCCUGAAACUACUGGGCCAAAUUUUACCAAACUUGGCCACAAUCAUCAUUGUAGUAUCUAGUUUGAAAAAUGUGUGCGGGACCCAGUUAUCCAACCAAGAUGGCUGCCAUGGCUAAAAAUAGAACAAAGGGGUAAAAUGUAGAUUUUGGCUUACAUCUCUGAAACUAAAGCAUUUAGAGCAAAUCUGUUGCACAUAGAACAUGUAGUCCAAGGUGAGUUUCUUUUGUUUCUGAAUCCAAGACUUUUGGAUGCUAAUAAUGUGGUGUCAUAGGCUAUUUGUAUGAAGCUUUAGAUUUCAGAUGCUAGAGCACCUGGAUGCUUCAUUUCCUGUAUACAAAUGACAUAUAUUAGACAGUGCCUGUCUGACAUAUUCCCAUUGUCAUUAACCUCAUUUUCAUGGUGAAAGAAACUAUGGGUUUUAAGCUGCCGCCAUGGAUGGAGGGGGCAUUAACUUUUAGCUUUCAAUGUUUCUCUGUCGGAACCUCUGUCCAUCCAUAUCUUGAAAUUGGUGUCCAUUCUCGAACUUCUGCCUCAAACAAAUGUUAUGAAAGUUAUACACACUUCUUAUUACCACAAAACAAAAUGUGCUAAUUGGUGACAUCACUUUCUUUAGUUAUGUCCCUUUAUGAUUUUAUAUGCUAACAAGGGCAUUAUCUGUGUCCAUUUAUCUGUGUCCAAUGACAUUCCCCAUUUAUAAGUUUAUGUAAGUUUACUGUUUAUUAUGAAAACUAGAAGUAGACUCAUGUCUGUCUCCUAACCCAACUCUUCUUUCAUAACUCAAUGAAUGUACAUUUAUCAGAACUUUACUAUGUAAGCAAUUAAAUAUACAUUAAGGACAUUAAGUGCAUAAAUUGAUUGUGAGGUCACAUCACCAUGUAUAUAUGAGACUAGUAUAUUUUGAGAACAUUAACCUCAACUUCAAGGUUCGUUGGUCCACAUGGUCCAGAUCAAUGUCUGAGUUUUUGUCUUAAUUUAAAUCCAAAAAAUAUAAGAAAUAAAUCAACUAUACAUGUAUUCAAUGAAUGCAUAGUUGUAAGGUGUACUUGUCUCUCUAGCAGUGCUAUUCUUACCUUGACCUCAUUAGUCAGUUUACAUUUCAUGGUUUGGACUGUUUCUAAGAUAUUAUAGAGCAAGUUUCUGUCUGAUGGUUUGACAAAAACUCAUAGCAUUACAAGUUUUCAUUUUGAUCUAACUAUUUUGUGUAUUUGUGUACUUACAAAAAUGCUAUGUAUUAAGUCCAAAUUUGCUGUGUUAGACUUACUAUAAAAAAAUAUAGCUCUCACCCUCUAAACAACUUUGUAUUUUCCAUCCUUACUUAAAUAUUAACAUGGGUUGCAAUUAAAAAAAUAUUUGAAUCAUUUUAUAUUUGUAUAAAUUAUAUAUAAUAUAUGCGAUAUUUACUUUAACAAAUGAAUAACAAAUAAUUAUUAGAUUGAUCAUUUUGCUCAAUUAUCUAUGGUGGCAAGUUAGUGACAUCCACUUGUUAAGAAAGCCAGAAAAUUUAAAAUGGUAUUUUCAUUAUAAAGUCCACUUGACAAGAUAAUGUUCAUGCUAAGUUGACAUUCAAUAUGAAAAUACAAGGUACGAUAAGACCUUUUUUUGGUACCCCUUAUUUCCCCAUUUUUCAAAUUCUGUUAUUGAAAGCUACUUUUUAUGUUAAAAUAUUCCCUAAUGCCUGAAGUUUGUUAGGAUGAACUUCAAAAUCACAAAUUUUUAGCAAACGGUUGAGGUGAGUAUCUGUUGUUAUUCAAAUAUUGUAAUUAUUAUUCCUUUUUCAGGUGUUUUGUACAACAAAUUUUUAGUUUUUAGGUGUCUGCGCCAAUGUGAUCUAGGAAUUUUUUAAUUCCAAUGUCAUUAGUAAAGUUUUUACCGUCUAAAUUGUCGUAAUUUUCUCUGAGACAUGUAGGCGCAACCUAUUAAAUUUAAAGAGCCAAUGACCCAAAAAUCGUAUUUUUUCCUUCUCUGUGGCGUUUUGGUACCCCACUCACCUCAGCCAUUUUUCUGAAAUUCAUGGUUUUGAAGUUCAGCCAUAGAAACUUCAAACCUUACAUGCCUUAGCGAAUAUUUAAAUGUGAUAAGUAGCUUUCCAAGGGCGUAUUGCAUUUCCGCUAAUUUUUCAAAGUCCCAAUACUAUGUUUCCGCAAAUUCAAAGUAUACGUUUCUGCAAUUUGUAUUUAUUACUUUUCCGUAAAUUUACCUGGUAAAUUAUAAAAUAUUUGAAUAUAUAUUGACUUGAAAAAUGUUGCUAUGUCAUUAUACAGAGACAGGCUAAAACAGUUUCUAAAAUUACCUGAAUGUAGAUUAUAAAUUCACGAGACAUUAAGACAAAUAGAUUUGAACACUAACAAAUCUGAAACUUAUUUUCACUCAUAAUUAGUCAAUGAUUUUUAUUCAGGAAUCGUUAUACUUUCAUGUUUCACCAACUUGGUAUGACUGUCAUGAAAUGACUGAUAUUUUCAUAGAUGGCACAUUUAAAUCCUGUCCGAAAUUCUUCUGCCAACUCAGUUUAUUCGAUACAUGGAUGUAAAAUCAAAUGGUUGCAGCCUUAUCUUGACAAUUUCAACAAAAUUGCACUUCAUAGCAUUAUUUUGACUUUAAAAGAAAAUACAAGAUAAUUAUGUUGACUUAUUAUUAAAAUUAUCACAACAAUUAUCUUGUUAUGUCAACUUAAUUUUGAAAUAAAAUGUCAACUUAGCUUGAUAAUUACCUUUCAUCUUGACAAGUCAAUGUCACUUACAUGCCAUCCUAAUUAAACAAUGGCACAAUUGUAUUUAUUUUAAAUUUUUAAAUUUUAUUUAUAUAAAAAUGCACACACUAUU